AGAAUGGCGACCACGGUUCUCGGCGUAGGCACGGGAGUAUUUGUCAUCUCGGUCAUCUGGGUUGUCACCCUGCUGUUGUGUGUCCUCUUAUCCCGCACAUCUGGGGCGGCACGAAUCCUGAGUAUUGUAUUCUUCAUCCUGGCCGUGAUCGUCACUCUUAUUCUGGUCUUCUUCCCCCGAGCGAGUGAGACUUCCACCCCAGAAAAGGAGUUUCAGAUUGUGGACACGUCCUUCAUCGGCCGCUACGUCCUGCUGUCUGUCAUGAGCGUCAUCUUCCUGGCUAGUGUCUUCCUGUCUCUGCUGUACUACAUUCUAGAGCCGGUGUACGCCAAACCCCUGCGGACCCGCUGAUGUAACGCAAAGCAA